AUGGCCACAGUCAGUGCAAACGGAGUGCUGCGGGAGAAUGGAUUCAGCACCACGGACAGCGGCGGCAGGAUGAACGGGCUCGGCCUCGGUAGUCAGAACACCAUCCCCAUGAAGGACCACGACGCCAUCAAGCUCUUCAUCGGCCAGAUCCCGCGGAAUCUGGAGGAGAAGGACCUCAAACCGCUCUUUGAGGAAUUCGGCAAGAUUUACGAACUCACGGUGUUGAAAGACAGGUUUACCGGGAUGCAUAAAGGAUGUGCCUUUCUUACAUACUGUGCCAGAGAGUCAGCACUGAAAGCCCAGAGCGCCCUCCAUGAACAGAAGACUCUGCCAGGGAUGAAUCGGCCCAUCCAGGUGAAGCCAGCAGACAGCGAAGGACGGGGAGAAGACAGGAAGCUGUUUGUGGGGAUGCUCGGCAAGCAGCAGAGCGAGGAUGACGUCCGGCGGCUCUUCGAGACCUUCGGCCAGAUCGAGGAGUGCACCGUCCUGCGGGGUCCUGAUGGGGCCAGUAAGGGCUGUGCCUUUGUCAAAUUCUCCAGCCACACAGAAGCACAGGCUGCCAUCAACAGCUUGCACGGUGGACAGACCAUGCCUGGCGCCUCGUCCAGCCUGGUGGUCAAAUUUGCAGACACGGACAAGGAGCGGACCCUGCGCCGGAUGCACCAGAUGGCGGGUCAGCUCGGCAUCUUCAGUCCCAUGACCAUCCAGUUUGGGGCCUAUGGCGCCUACUCUCACGCUGUAAGUCUCAGCCCGGCGGGGGAGGAGACGCAGAUGAUGCAACAGCAAGCAGCCCUGAUGGCGGCGACACAAGGGUCCUACCUGAACCCAAUGGCGGCCAUCGCUGCCGCGCAAAUGCAGCAAAUGGCAGCGUUCAAUGUCAACGGCCUGGUGGCGACCCCGAUGACACCAUCUUCAGGCACCAGCACACCCCCAGGCAUCACUGCAACUGCCGUCCCCAGCAUCGCCACCCCCAUCGGGGUCAAUGGAUUUAGUGCCCUCGCGCCGCAAACCAACGGGCAGCCCACGUCGGAGCCCAUUUACACCAACGGCAUUCACCCAUACCCAGCACAGAGUCCGACGGUGACCGACCCUCUCCAGCAGGCUUACGCCGGCGUCCAACACUACGCAGCAGCCUACCCUGCCGCCUAUGCGCCAAUCAGCCAAGCAUUCCCACAGCAACCCACCAUCAUUCCCCAGCAACAGCGGGAAGGGCCAGAGGGCUGCAACCUGUUUAUCUAUCACCUGCCCCAGGAAUUCGGUGAUGCCGAGCUCAUGCAAAUGUUCCUCCCGUUUGGCAACGUCAUCUCAGCGAAAGUCUUUGUGGACAGGGCGACCAAUCAGAGCAAAUGUUUCGGCUUUGUGAGUUUUGAUAACCCGUCUAGCGCCCAAGCCGCCAUCCAGGCCAUGAACGGCUUCCAAAUAGGCAUGAAGAGGCUGAAGGUGCAGCUUAAGCGGCCAAAGGAUGCCAACCGACCUUACUGACCGGUCUGCAGUCCUGAUCGAGGAUGAAGGGCCCACAACACCUUAUUUCCACAAGUGCAGUCAAAGUACAAAGACUCCUUGCUCUGCUACAUAUCACGAUGGACAGGUGGUCCCUUGAUCCCGCUGGAAUCCCGCUGGAAGAUUGGGUGACUGAGCGAAGGAUCCCAGAGUUUUUUUUUUUUUUAUUUCACUUUUUCGCAAAUGCCUUUUUUUGUCUUAUUAAUCUUUUUUUUUUUUUUUGCAUUGGUGUCCAUGGAAGCAGAUUUUUUGCAGAGACCGACUGUUUUGCUGCUCUUUUUUUAGACAUGAUGAUGAGUUGAAAAGAAGAAAAUAACACAUUUAUAGACUCAUUAUGCUCAAAGCAUGCAUACUGUCAACACGCAUACAAAAAAUGUUAUAGCUAUUGAAAGGAAUUUAAAAAAAAACAAACAUUGUACAUAAGUGCAAAUGCCAAUUCAAGUACUGCAUUAAACACACAUACACAAACAUGCAAUCACAUACAUACACACACCAGCCUGCUGCCAUUUCGUUUUUUGUGCCUACACAGACGUUGUGUGCUCUGUGACAGGGCCGAGCUCUGGAUGGAAGAUGACGACAAAGAAGAAGAAUAAUCCAGGAUAAUUUACAUGCA